AUGACUCGAUUCAGACCGUGUAUAGACCUGCACGCCGGGCAGGUCAAGCAAAUCGUCGGCGGCACGCUGGACAGCACGACGUCGGAGCUUAAGACCAACUUCGUGUCGACGCACCCUCCUGCCUAUUUCGCAAAGCUGUACCGGGACAAUGACCUCACCGGGGCCCAUGUGAUUAUGUUGGGGCCCGGCAACACCGAGGCUGCUAGGGAGUCGCUCAAGGCGUGGCCCCGUGGGCUGCAGGUCGGCGGAGGCAUCAACGACAAGAACGCAAAGGAGUGGAUUGAGGCCGGCGCCGAGAAGGUCAUCAUCACUUCUUACCUCUUCCCCGACGGUCAAUUCAGCCAGGAGAGGCUGGAUGCCGUUCUCGAGGCUCUGGGAGGUGACAGGGACAAGCUUGUCAUCGACCUCAGCUGUAGGAGGCGCGGGGACGACAGCUGGUUUGUGGCCAUGAACAAGUGGCAGACCAUCACGGACAUGGAAGUUAAUCAAGAGUCCAUCAAGAAGCUGGAGCCGUAUUGCUCCGAGUUUCUAAUUCACGCAGCGGACAACGAGGGUCUGCAAAAGGGCAUCGAUGAGAAGCUUGUGGAGAGGCUGGCUGAGUGGUGCAGCCUGCCUGUGACCUACGCAGGUGGUGGCAGGAACCUCGAGGACCUGGAGAUGGUGAAGAAGCUGAGCAAGGGCAAGGUGGACCUGACGAUCGGUAGCGCGCUCGACUGUUUCGGUGGCAACGGUGUCAAGCUUGAGGAGUGCGUGGAGUGGAACAAGAAGCAACAGGCGUAA